UUUCUAUAGCCUCUUAUUUCUCAUAUCUAUAUAUAUGAGAUGUAUUCUAAUUCAUUGAAAUAUAACAAAGUAUUAUCUCUUCUCCUUUCAUCAAUUUUGCUUCUAUAUUGUUAAUAUGGUAUCAGGAGAAUAGGGCUUUUCCUUCCCCUUUUGCUUUCGCUUCCGACUACGAUUCUUUUCAUGUUCCUUUCCUCCUCCACUUCCAUUCGUGAUGGCUUCUACAAACAAUUCUUCAUCCCUACCUACUGAUGAUUAUGCAAAUCCUUACUUUCUUCAUCCAUCGGACAAUCCAGGAGCUUUUAUUGUUUCCCAACCCCUGAAUGGCGACAACUAUAAUUCUUGGAGUAGAGCAAUCUUGAUGGCGCUUGGCGAAAAGAAUAAAAUUGGUUUCGUUGAUGGCACAAUCCCUAAACCGUUGCCGACAGACAAAUCGUAUCAUUCUUGGCAAAGAAACAAUAAUAUUGUUGCUUCUUGGCUGUUAAAUUUCAUCUCGAAAGAUCUUCAGGCAAGUGUCAUAUAUUCUUCUUCAGCCACUGCCAUCUGGAACGAUCUUCGAAUUCGAUUUCAGCAACACAAUGGGCCUCGUGUGUUUCAAUUACGAAGAGAUUUGGUGACUCUAAAGCAAGGUUCGCUUAAUAUCACUCAUUAUUUUACCAAGAUCAAAGCCUUAUGGGAAGAAUUGGCAGAAUAUCAACCUUCACACGCAUGCACUUGUGGUGGCAUCAAACCUUGGAUUGAUCAUCAUCAAUCUGAGUAUGCAAUGCUGUUUUUGAUGGGUUUAAAUGAGGGAUACUCUCAUAUUCGUGGACAAAUUUUGCUGAUGGAUCCCAUCCCACCAAUAGAAAAGGGUUUUUCAUUGGUUUUACAGGAAGAAAAGCAGCAAGAACUUGGAAUUCCUACAAAUUCCAAUGACACACCAACUGCUUUUGCUUACAAAUCUGGAAAUGAUGCAAAAUCAAGAACUAAUAAUCCCACUAAAGAAAGACCGAAAUGUGAGCACUGUGGGAAGCUUGGUCACAUCAAGGACAAAUGUUUCAAACUCCAUGGCUAUCCUACUCAUUUGAAGCAAGGAAAUUCAAAUACUAAUGUCAAUCAGGUUUCAGACAAAUCAGCUAAGGCAUUCCAGUUUACUACUGAUCAAUAUCACCAAAUUCUCUCUUUAUUACAGAACCAGCCUUCAAGCAAUUGUAUUGAAUCCAAUCCAAUUGUCAAUGGACAUUCUCCACAACAAGAUGAUUGGCACGGGUGAAGCUGUUCAAGGCGUAUAUCUCUUGAACCAGCUUGUCAAUCCAGCAUCUCUUGCUAGUGUCAAUAAUAAUAGUGUUUGUUUUUCUGAUAAUAGUCUAAAUGUCAAUAGUAAUUCUGCAUCUGUGAAUUCUACAUGUACUAAAGAUGCUGCCAUAUGGCAUAGUAGGUUUGGACAUGUAAAUGAUACUGUAUUAAAGAUUCUUAGUAAUAAAAUUCCUU